AUGCGCAUUGCAGUCACUGGAGCCACGGGAAACACUGGAGCGGCGGUUACCGGGCGUCACCACGUCCUCGCCAUCACCAGAGACCCUCAGGGCAAAGCUGCCCAACAGCUUGCAGAGCUCCCUGGCGUCGUGCCCGUCACUCUGGAGGACGCCUUCACCGAGCCCGUUGACAGAAUCUAUCUGGCCAGUGCGGUUACCCGGGACCAGUUCCUCGUCGAGACGGAUGUCAUCAUUGCCGCGCGCAAGGCUGGCGUGGAGUACAUCGUCAAGUUGUCCACUGUUGACGCCUGGAUGGAGGUCUACAGCGACAUCUUCUACGCUCGUUCGCAUCUGGCUGUCGAGUGCUUCCUGGAGCGUGGUGACAUCCCGUUCACCUGCCUGCGAGCCAACCUCUUCCACACCAGCGUGGGGAUUGACCUCGACGCUGUACCCAAAACGAACCAGUUCAGAACAUUUCUCCAUGGAGCCUCGGUGGCCACCAUCGAUCCGGACGACGUGGGAAGGGCAGCAGCCGCUCUCCUGUCCCUGGAAGACCCCUCGCGCCACUACAGCAAGAAGUACAUGUUGACCGGACCAGAGGAUGUCAACGACCAGAGCAUUGGCGAGGCUCUCAGGGAAGUGCUUCAGGCAGACGUUACGUUUGGCGGAACGCUCACGGUCGACGAGUUCACAAAAGCGACAGGCUCCCCGAUCAACCCAAAGAGCCUGCUUCCCCCGAUCACCUUCCUCAGGCAGGGCAAAGGAGAUCGCGCGCAUGCGGUCGCCUCCCCAGAGAUGCUUGCUCUUGCCCCGCCCAAGGGCACCUUCAAAGAGUUCAUCACCCAAUACUACGCCAAGAACUGA